GCCAGGGACCCUGUGACCUUUGACAGGUUUUGAAAGGCAAAUGAAAUGACAACAAUUCGCUAAGCAGCUGGAUUCCUACUGAUUCCUACUGAACGAGAGGAUGACACAUUUCGCAGAUCCAGCUGGUGGACAGCAACGGGGAUACGAGUAACAAGGAGCGGCCGGGGAGCAGGCAAGGAGUGAGCGGGGCGGCGGCGGCAGUGACAGCCCAAUCCGGAGCAGCGGCAGCAGCCAGAAGCCCGGCCAGGCAGGCAGACUGCGGCAGCAGCAGCACCAUGGACAGCUCAGGUGCAUCGUCUCCAGAUCUGGAAUCCAACUAUGGAGGUGGGCUCUUGGAUAUUGUUAAAGGCGGAGCAGGUCGUCUUUUCAGCAACUUGAAAGAUAACCUUAAGGACACACUGAAGGAUACUUCUUCUAAAGUGAUGCAAUCAGUUGCAAGCUACACAAAAGGAGAGCUGGACAUUUCCUAUAUUACCUCAAGGAUUAUUGUGAUGUCGUUCCCAGCAGAAGGAGUGGAACUGGGUUUCAGAAACCACAUUGAAGAUGUGCGUUCAUUCUUAGAUUCAAGGCAUCUGGAGCAUUACACAGUGUUCAAUUUGUCUCAAAAAUCUUACCGUAGUGCCAAGUUUCACAACAGGGUCUCUGAAUGCAGCUGGCCUGUAAGACAAGCUCCAAGUCUGCAUAAUUUAUUUGCAGUUUGUAAGAACAUGCACAACUGGUUACAGCAGAACCCCAAAAAUGUCUGUGUAAUACACUGCAUGGAUGGUCGUGCAGCCUCAGCAGUCUUGGUCAGUGCUAUGUUUUGUUUCUGCCAUCUCUUUUCGAACCCCAUCUCUGCAAUUCAGUUACUUAAUGCUAAACGCCCAGGAAUAGGACUAUGGCCGUCACAUAGGAGGUAUAUUGGCUAUAUAUGUGACCUGGUAUCUGACAAGCCUCCGCAGCUCCACCGCAAACCUAUUAUUAUUAAAUCUGCCACCAUCAGCCCGGUACCAUGUUUCAACAAGCAAAGAAAUGGCUGCCGGCCAUUCUGUGAAAUUCUUAUUGGAGAAACUAAAAUUUUCAGCACAAUGCAGGACUAUGAAAGGAUGAAGGAAUAUCGUGUUCAGGAAGGCAAGGUUGCGUUCCCAUUGGGGGUGACAGUUUAUGGCGAUAUAGUUGUCUCUGUGUUUCACAUGAGGUCUACAAUUGGGGGAAGGCUUCAAGCAAAGAUGACGAAUACGCAAAUAUUACAGAUCCAAUUUCACACUGGAUUUAUUCCACUUGGAACAACAGUAUUAAAGUUUUCUAAGCCAGAAUUGGAUGCUUGCGACUCCCCAGAAAAAUAUCCUCAGCUGUUUCAUGUGCUGCUGGAUAUAGAUAUUGAAGGCACAGACAGGCAGGUGGACCUAACACCUCCUUGGGAAAACUUCUCAUCAAAAGAUGUUAAUCCGAGCAUCCUGUUCUCUUCUCAACAGGAACAGCAAGAUGCACAUGCAAUCGGUGCCAGAGCUCCAGCUGAACCACAUCAGGAUAACAUAAGAAACGCUGGCCAGGGAGCAUUUUUUUCGUCUUUAAGUUGGCAAGAUCAAAAGUCUGACAAGGCAAGUUCUCAUCCAGUCUCAGAGGAUCGAGCCGCCUUGGUACAUGAAGAAAGCGAACCAUCUGAUGAUGAACUUUUGUCCCUCUCCAGCCAGCACAGUAACACCAGUGGCGAAAAACAACAUGGCACUCCAAAGCACAAAAAACUGGAGCCACUGGCCCCUCCCAUGCCACCCCAGGAUGCUGAUCUUUUGGGGCUGGAUGUAAAUUUAGAGAAAAGUGCCCCUGCUUCCCAGCCAAAAGCACCUCCUACAAAUUCUGAUUUAUUAAAUGAUCUUUUUGGUGCUGUGACUCCAGGAGCUAAGCCUUCUUCUGAGGCUCUGUUUCACUCAGGAGGAAUCAGCUCUGCAAACUCAACUCCAAGACGAUCUACAGCGUCUCCAUCCCAGUCUCCAAAAAUAGGAGAAGCUGCUGCCUUUGAUCCUUUCGGAUCUAGUCCUAAGCAGCCAGCUCAGGACUUACUUGGUUCUUUUCUCAAUACUUCAAAUGCCACAGGCAGUGAUCCUUUUGUCCACACUACAAGAAGUCCAUCACCAACACCAACAGUUCAUAUUGAUCCAUUCAACAUGGCUCCUCCUUCAGUGUCUAUCCAGCCUGAAGCAUCUUCGCCUUGGGAUUGGAAUACUACAUCACAAGGUGGUUUGAAUGUAGGAAGUCGAUCAGCAGCUACAAGCCCCACUGCAUCUCCACACGGUACCCCUCUUCAUCAACCCAAACCACAAAGCCUUGAUCCAUUUGCUGACAUUGGGGCACUGGGUGCAAAUCUAGCUGGUGGGUCAUCCUUUGCCAGUAAGCCAACGACACCAACUGGUUGUGGUGGAGGCUUUCCACCAUCACCGCAGCACACUGGAGGGGGGUCCUGGCAGUCCGGUACUGGAUAUUCUUGGCAACAGACACAGUCUAAAUCACAACAAAAUAUCCCACACUCUUCACCACAAAGCAAACCCAACUAUAACAUUAGUUUCUCAGGCACAGGCAGUGGCCAGAAUGACAGAGGAAAAAAUGCAUGUAAUGUUGACACAAAACAGAAGUUCUGCGCUGACAAUUUUGAAGACUUGCUGUCUAGUCAAGGUUUUAAUGCGCAUAAAGAAAGAAAAGGGCCAAGGACUAUAGCAGAAAUGAGGAAAGAGGAAAUGUCAAAGGAAAUGGACCCAGAGAAAUUAAAGCUAUUGGACUGGAUUGAAGGCAAAGAAAGAAAUAUCAGAGCUUUGCUCUCUACGAUGCACACAGUGCUAUGGGCAGGAGAAACUAAAUGGAAACCUGUUAGUAUGGCUGACCUGGUAACUCCAGAACAAGUUAAAAAGGUGUAUCGUAAAGCUGUGCUAGUGGUCCAUCCAGAUAAAGCAACUGGGCAGCCAUAUGAGCAAUAUGCAAAAAUGAUUUUCAUGGAGCUAAAUGAUGCCUGGUCAGAAUUUGAAAAUCAAGGCCAGAAACCACUUUAUUAGUCUUCUACAUACUCUUGGUCUUCUGCAGAUCCAUUUUCAAAGCACCAACACCCUUAUGUUAUGUUUGGGUUCAGUCAGAGGAAAAGUGACUUCAUAUUUCUUUCAAAUCCACAAGUGCAAAUUCCUAAUCUGCUCAACACAAAAAAAUAUCCAUUCUGCUUUCUAUUCCUCACCUCUAUUUUUGUGUUAUUUACUUUUUUUUUUUUUGUAAAGACUUUAAACAAAGGUUUUAUCAGAAGUAACUGAAUGAAACCCCUGAAUAUUCCAAGUGUAAUGUCUAUACAUGAGAAAGGGACUAGUGCAUCUAUGAGCUCUGUGGGCUGCUAGUAAGCUGCAAUAUUGUUGGUUGUAGCUAAUACCCAAAUUGUCAGUAAAAUAUUUAUGAGUAGGACCUUUUGGCAUUUACAGAAAUGUGAAUAUGCCAAGUAUGGUGAAAUACUGCAUGACACAAUUUAACCAGCCUUCAUUAUUGCAUUCAGAUCAAUUACAGUAAACUUUAACUUUUUUUUAAAAACAAAACUUUAUAUUUCAUGGAGCUGCUUCUAAUUUGGGAUUAAAUAGGAUUCAAGGGCAUUUACAAAGGUGUUUUGUUUGUGAGGGCUUGUCUUAGUUGGCUGGUUUAUAAAUACACAUCUCAUUAGGAGAUAACUGAAUAUCUACAUGGAUGCUAUUGUGUGAAAUUUGGUUUUUACCCCCAAAGGAUUUUUAUUUUUGCACAAUGUUUGGCAACCACAAAAGUUUUCCAUACAUUAAAUAUGGAGACGUAUUCCAAAAAAACAACACUGUUCGCUGACUUGGCAAUGAGGAAAUCAGAAGGGGGAUAAUGGAAGAUAUUCUAUGAGUAAAACCCUGUCAUGUAAGUUGUAAGGUUUACAUAAGCACGUAAGACAUUUUCUUCUCAUUAAGGCUGCUAACGUCAGCAAGCACUUUCAGGCAUAGUGAAUUCUUUCCAUACAUAUCUUAGAAGAUAUUUUAUGGUGCCUGAUUCAGGGUAAUUAAACAGCUUGCCCAAAGAUAUAGGUUUCUGUCACUAAACCCAAGAUUCUCAUGUCUUGACGUACCUACUGAACAAUGACAAAACACUGGCAAGAAAAGCCAGGCAUUGUGUAUAAUGACAUAUCACUUUUUUGUGAGACAGGUUUCGUUAUCAUGCUAUUUUAGUUGGUUUGUGUUUCCAAUUCUAAGCUGCUAUAUUGUUUUUAUAUUUUUUUUCAUGUGCAUGACACAAAGUUUUUUAUUUUUAUUCUUGACCAAGAGGUAUGGAAACUGUAUAUUUGUGUUUAUUUAUUUAUUUACACCACAAAAUGUGGGGCUAAACAUUAUUUCAGCAGAAAAAAUGCUUAUUGCAUACCAGGUUAUUUUUGUCAUAUUGAAUUGGCUGUAAGGGUAAAGAAAAAACUUAGCCCCUCUCGGGGAGAACCAAAGAAGUCUAACUUGGGAUGCACCAAAUCCACUAUUUUAGGAUCUGGCCGAACCCUGAAUCCUUUGAGAAAGAUUCGGCCGAAUACUGCAUAUGCAAAUUAUGGUAAGGAAGUGGUAACAAGAACUGCAUGCACAAAGUGUGCGGCAAUAACUUUUCAACUUCCAUGUUUAUCUGACAAAAAGUCAUAUGAUUUUAAAGGAAUAUUGUCAUGGGAAAACAUGUUUUUUUCAAAACACAUCAGUUAAUAGAGCUUCUCCAGCAGAAUCCUGUGUUGAAAUCCAUUUUUUAAAAACACAGAAUUUUUUUAAUUUUUAAAUUUCACAUGGGACUAGCCAUAUUCUUCAUUUCCUAGGCCAUGUGAUAAGCUUUGAUAAGCUGAUAAACAGUAGCCGAUCAGUAGAACAAUGAGAAGGUAGCAAGAUAGCAGCUCAGAAUAGCACUCAAUGGUAACAAAUCCAAGUCCAGUUUGGGACUCCUCCAGUUACAUGGGAGUAGGAGAAACAAUAGGUUGCCUGAAAGCAGUUCUAAUGUGUAGCGCUGGCUCCUUGUAAAAGCUCAGACUUAGGCACAAUGCACUGAGAUGGCUGCCUACACACCAAUAUUACAGCUAAAAAAUAUACAUUUGUUGGUUCAAGAAUAAAAUUUUAAGUGGUAGAGUGAAUUAUUUGCUAUGUAAACAGUGUAAUUUAGAAAUAAAAAAUAUACCAUAAAAAUCAUGACAGUAUCCCUUUAUGGAUUCAGAUUUGGUUUGGCCAGAAGCAUGGAUUCGGCUGAAUUCGAAUCUUGCUGAGAAGAAUCUUGGCUGAAUCCCGAACUGAAUCCUGUAUUCGGUGCAUCCCUAAAGGGUAGAUUUAUCAAAAUGUGAGUUUUUUUGUAUUAAGCUCUAAACUCACAUUUUGAUACAUCUGCCCCUAAAUCUAACCUUGCUCUUUGCCCACAGAUUUCCCAUUCAUUUGGAAGUUAAAUAUGCUUCCUAUAGGCAGCACAUCUUAAAUCCAAGUGAUCCAGAAAUAGCUGUGCAAUCAGAAUGGCCCUGAUUGCAUGACAAUCAUGGAUCCUCAUUAACACAAGACACAAUUCCUGAUGUUUUGUCUCAGCCAUUUUACUAUGGAAAAAUCUGCAAUGACAGCCUAGGUGCCACUGUGUAUAAACAAAUGGUUUGUUAUUGUUUCCAGGAUGAUAACAGCUGUAUUUGCCUGCCUAGACUAAGGGGCUGAUUUACUAAUCCACGAAUCCGAAUGAGAAAAAUUUGCAUUGGAAACGAACAUUUUGCGACUUUUUCGUGUUUUUUGCGAUUUUGCCGUUACGAUUUGCUCGUAUAUUGUCGCAACUUUUUCGUAUUGAGCGCUUGUAAACGGCGGGCAAAACUUUCAGACUUGGCAUGAUUUUGGAAGCCUCCCAUAGGACUCAAUGGCACUCUGCAGCUCCAACCUGGCCCAAGAAAAGUCACAAUACUGAAGCUUGAAUGAAUCCGAAACUUUCGUACUUGGCGCGAUGGCUACGAAAAAGUCGCAACAAUUCGCGCAAGUCGUAACGCUACGAAAAAGCCAUAAUGGCUACGAAAAAGUUGCAACAAUUUACGAAAAAAUCGCAAAAUACCGAUCAUUACGAAAAAACGCAUUCGGACGCUUUUCGGACGUUCGUGGAUUAGUAAAUGUGCCCCUAAGGAUGUCCACCAAGCAAUCCUCAGUGAAUUGUGCUGGGAAUUACACAUUAAAACAUAUGUAGAGCCAUGGGUUGCCUCUACCUGGCCUAAACCAAAAAUGAUACUUUAACAAAUGAUGAGAAUGAAUUUCUGCUGCACUUCCCAAUAUCAACUGCUACUAGCCACCUUUGGUACCUUUAUAACAAUGGUUUCAGAUUCAACAAGUUAUUUGUUUGUGAACUGUAUAUUCUAUACAGAAAAAAACCCAAAUCCAUAAUGUUUGUUUGCAGUUUGCACAUGCAUCUUUAUUGUUAAAUGUUUGUUUUAGUAAAACUGUAUGGACAUUUAGCAAAGUGUUGAUAAAUGAAAAAAAUAUCAAACUGGGAAAUAAUGCAAUUUAUUGUUUUUUUAAUGCUUUAUAGAGUACCUAAACCAUCCCUUCUCUGCAUGUUGGCAUUUCAGCAGUACAGGUAUGGGACCUGUUAUCCAGAAUGCUCGGGGCCUUGGGUUUUCUGGAUAAGGGAUCUUUCCGUAAUUUAGGUCUCCAUAGCUUAAGUCUGUUAAAAAUCAUUUAAACAUUGAAUAAACCCCACAGGAUUGUUUUGCCUCCAAUAAGGAUUCAUUAUAUUUUAGUUGGGAUCAAGUGCAAGGUACUGUUUUAUUAUUACAGAGAAAAAGGGAAUAACAUUUAAAAAUUAGAAUUAUUUUCUUAUAAUGGAGUCUAUGGGAGAUGGCCUUUCCGUAAUUUGUAACUUUCUGGAUAACGGGUUUCCGGAUAAGGGAUCCCAUACCCGUACAUGGGUGAAAGCUUAUUGCUUGUCAUAACAAAUGAAUACUUCACAUGCACCAAUAGCUAUAGUACAGUCAGUGGUCAUAAACAGAUGGCGCUUUCACCAAUAACCGUCUAUGGAGAAUAUCUGGCCCCCGGCAAGAAAUUCAGUGCUUCCACUUUAAAGUCUAAAUAAAAAUGCACAUACAAACCUUUAUUUUAAUAUAAAUUGAGAAGUAAUCAAACAACUUUGCAGUUGGCAACUGUAUGGAGACAGUUGUCCUUAUGGCAUCCUGUAGCACGCAUCUCCAACCCAUGGCACUUCACUUGUUGCCAAACUACAACUAUAGAGCUGCAGUUUGGACAUUCCUGCUCUAGAGUUACAUACAGAAUAUUUCCAUAGUUUCCACGUUUAUUUACAUAACUAUAAUUCUAAUCGGGAUACUUUUUUUUAAUAAUUACAUGCAAUAUUUUUUUUAUGUGUCAGUCUUUUAUUUGAUUUUGCUUUUGUUUAAAUGUCCCACAAAAGUUGUACUACCUGCACAGAUAUUCUGUUAACCUUUUAUAUGCAACUCCCCUGAGAAGAAAAGAGCAAUUAACAGAAGAGGUGAUGAGAGUGUAUGCAUUAAUGAAACUGAGCUUUUGAACAAACAUUUGCUUGUCAUAUUUAAAUUUUUUCUUGGAAUGUGAAUAAUGUUUCUGUGAUUUGUUAAUUGUUUAUCUUUUAUGUUUGUAGAUAUUAUUGUGAUCUACAUCUUAAAUAAUAAUAAUAAAAAUAAA